AUGAUUGGAUGCUUUUUAAUUGAGAUGAAAGUUGGAGCAAGAGUGUUUUGGUUUGGCACGAAGCCAAUUGUCAAUUUAUUUCGUGCAGAAAUAUUAGAAGCUGUGUUGAGCAGCAAUGUGUCACUGGAAAAGUCGUUCGAAUACCGAUUUUUGCAACAGUGGCUAGGGUUAGGUUUACUAACCAGCCAUGGAUCAAAAUGGAAAACAAGAAGACGUCUUCUAACUCCUACUUUACAUUUUCGCAUUUUGGAAAACUACAUGGGUGUGUUCCACAAUCAAUCGAUGAUUCUGAUAGAAAAAAUUAAAUCAAUAUCAAAUGAAGAUUGGAUUGAUAUAAAACCCCACAUUAUUCUAUGCACUCUAGAUAUUGUGUGUGAGACUGUGAUGGGAGUUUCAAUUGGGGCCCAAAAAGGAAGCAAUUCGGACUUGGGAGGCCUUUUUACUGAACGUAUUGUUCACCCGUGGUUGCAGUCAGAUUUCAUUUUCCAGUUCUCCAGAACGGGAAGGGAUUUUGCCAAAGAUAUUAAAAUCUUACACGACUUCACGGAAAAGGUAAUAAAAGAAAAAAAGGAAAGGCUUUUAAAGGAGCGUUCUAUCGCAAAUAAAAAUGAGAAUAAAGAUGAAGGUUACUUCGGAAAAAAGCGAGAAACAUUCAUGGACUUGCUUCUUAAUCUCCACAUCGACGGUGAAAGUUUGAGUGAAGAAGACAUCAGAGAAGAGGUGGAUACUUUCAUGUUUGAGGGCCAUGACACUACAGCUAUGGGAAUUAUUUUUGCGCUGUACUGCAUUGGCUUGCAUCCACAUGUUCAGGAAAAGAUCGACGCAGAGCUGCAUGACAUAUUCGGAAGUGACAAAAAUCGACAAGCUACGCAAGAUGAGCUGCGAAAUAUGAAGUAUUUAGAAUGCGUUUUAAAGGAAAGUCAAAGAUUAUUUCCUUCUGUUCCCAUGAUUGGAAGACAUUUGAAUGAAGACAUCAAUUUCGAUGGAUACACAAUUCCAAAAGGUACAACACUCCAUCUGAACUUCUAUGUUUUGCACCGAAAUCCGGAAGUUUUCCCUAACCCGGAAAAAUUUGAUCCAGAUAGAUUUCUUCCUGAAAAUUCUCUCAACAGACAUCCGUACGCGUACAUCCCGUUCUCAGCAGGACCACGAAAUUGCAUUGGACAAAAGUUUGCUAUGCUGGAGGAAAAAAUUAUAAUAAGCAAUAUCUUAAGAAAUUUUGAAGUCAGUUCCAUUGAUCCCAGGGACAAGCUUCAACUUAUUAUUGAAUUCACUUUAAGAGCAGCCAAUCCUGUAAGACUGAAGUUCAUUCCCAAGAAAUAG